AUGUUUAAAACUUUAAUCAAAAAAGUUCGUGAAGAAAGUAGUAAUCCAAGUAUUUUGCCUGAAAAUAAUGUCGAUGAUAUAAAUGGAAAUGUAACUAGAGAAAAUAAUAAUAAUUCAGAAGAACAAAAUUCUUCAUCUACACGGAAACAUCGUCGGUCUAAUUCGAAUACAUUGCAAUCACUAAGUAAUAAUUCCAGACUAUCGUCAAUUUCCAAUGAACCUGAGAAAAAAGAAGAAUCUAUAGCAUCUUUGUCCGAGAUAUUUGUUUCAUCUAUCGAAGAACCAUUAACUGUUGAUAAUUAUGUGCAACUUUUGAAAGCAUGGAUCGAUUCAAAAGAAGAAGCUUUACAAUUAAAAGAUGAUACUAUAUUGAGGUUAACACAAGACACAAAGGAUCUACAAAAUGAAAUGAUUGUACUUAGAAAUAAACUCGCAGAGUUACAAAUUUUAAGAGAGAAAAAUACAAGUAGCAAUACGACUAAAACUCCUUAUUUGCAAAAACAAAUUGAUACUCUUCGUUCCGACAAUGAAAAUCUUAAAUUAACUAUAAAAUCUUUACGAACACAAUUAAACGAUGUUGAAGCUGAAAGAGAUGAUUUACUUAUAAAAUCAACUGAUAUAUCCGAUGUAAAAUCUAAUGAUGAUCUUCAAAGAAAAUUCGAUAUAACUAAAGCUGAAAAUGAACAACAAAAAAUUGAAUUAGAAAAAUUAAGACAAGCUCUUAUUGAACGAGAUACUAUUAUUGAAGAACAAGAUAAACGUUUAUUAGUUGAUCACGAAACACAAGCAGUACAAACAGACGAAGAUCUAUCAUUUGUACAAGUACUUGCUGAACCAGAUGUCGAUACAUAUAGUAAAUUACAAGCAGAAUUAGACGAUAAAAAUCGAACAAUUAAAAACUUACAACAACGUUAUAAUGAUCUUCGUAAAACACUUCAACGUGAAUUUCAUGCAUCUAUACCAAAAGAUCUCAAUCAAAUGGGAUCAUCAAAAACAAAUAGCAAUACUCCAUCAUCCUCAGCUAAUCUCCCCUUAAUACAUUAUGAUUCAGCAGCAACAUCACAGAGUGAUGCUGAUGCAGCUAAACGAGCAGCAGCAGCACGAUCAAUGACUGCAGUACGUAAAAAUGUGACAUUUACAGGGGCGACAACAGCAGCAGCAGCAAGUCCAGCGAUUUUACCACAUACAACAGUUGAAUCAAGUUCAACAAAACCUCAAAAGAAUGGGCAUCGUUCAUCCAUGGAUGGACAAACGCUUCCAAAUGGAACGAGUUUUAAAUAUAUGAAGCAUGUUUUACUAAAAUUUAUGACUGCAACUGAAGAUGAGGCUAUUCAUCUUAUUCGUGCUGUAUCAACAUUGCUCAAUUUCUCAGCCGAUGAAGAACGUCUUCUUCGUGAAACACUCGAUUAUAAGAUGUCGUGGUUUGGAAAAGUAUCGCGUAGUAAACCAGUGGCAUCCAGUACAAAUUUUUAG